GAAGCGUGGAGGGAUGAGACCGUGCUCGCAUCCAGUCAAGUGCGUGUUUUCCCAACUGAGAUCAAUGGAUCUUGAGAGAGUCGUGCUUAGGUCGUGAUGAAACCAAGAUGGCGUGUAGUUCAGACAGGAUGAACUGUGGAUAAGUGCCGAGAAUAGAAAACAUUGGAAACGUGUAUUUUGCGCACGCGUUCGAAGUGGUUAUUAUAAAGAAAACGUCAACUUACGGGGGACGUUCUGGAGUCAGUAGAAAAGAAGAUCUCCGCGAUCAUCAACCCUCUUAACCGGACGAGAGUGUGUGUAUGUGAGUGUAUGAGAGUGUGUGUGCUGGGAUGGGCUGAUCGAGGAGGCCGCAGAGCCACUGCCACCCAGAGACUGACCCUCUGCCGAACAAUAGACCCCGUGAUCAUCAUCAUACAAGACCCAGAAAGACACAAAUAAUAAAUACACCGGCUCAGGCGACACCGAAGAAUAAGAAGAACUCAGACCAAGUGCAAAAAAAAAUAGCGAUGGAUGGAGGGGAGGAGUUUAUUCCGCCGCCGGAAUGUCCAGUGUUUGAACCGUCAUGGGAGGAGUUUGCAGAUCCACUGGGAUAUAUUGCCAAAAUCCGCCCAAUAGCAGAAAAGUCUGGAAUAUGCAAGAUUCGCCCACCUCCCGACUGGCAGCCACCGUUUGCCGUGGAGGUGGACAGUUUCCAUUUCACUCCACGUAUUCAGAGGCUCAAUGAGCUUGAGGCUGAGACAAGAGUGAAGCUCAAUUAUCUGGACAGAAUUGCCAAGUUCUGGGAGAUACAGGGAUCCUCCCUGAAGAUUCCCAACAUAGAACGUCGUAUUCUAGAUCUGUACAGCUUGUCCAAGAUUGUGACAGAGGAAGGAGGUUUUGAGGCAGUAAGUAAGGAGAGACGCUGGGCACGCGUGGCACAAAAACUUGGUUAUCCUCCUGGCAAAAACAUUGGCUCUCUCCUGAGGUCCCACUAUGAGAGGAUCGUCUAUCCAUUUGAGAUGUUCCAGUCCGGAGCCAGUUUACCGCCAUGCAAACCCAAGCCGUUUGACAGUGAUGAGAUUGACCGGGAAUACAAACCACACUCCAUUCCUCUACGCCAAUCAGUCCCGCCAUCCAAGAUGAACAGCUAUGGGCGACGAGCCAAUCGUCUUCAGCCUGAGGGUCCAGAGGAUCCAACUCACCACCCUCUUACAACUGGCUCUCAGAACAUCUCCUCGCCUGAGCCUACAGAAGAAGACAUAGAGAAGAACCCUGAGCUGAAAAAACUACAGAUCUAUGGGGCUGGACCUAAAAUGAUGGGGCUGGGUCUUGUAGCUCGAGACAAGACGCGAAAGAAAGAUGAACUGCCGCAGACGGUAAUAGUGCGGGACAGUGUUGCAUCUGUGAAGGAUGAACCAGCAGAGACGCCGGUCAUGAAAUCAGAUCCAGACAUUCCUCCACCACCCCCAAAUCUCAUCAUCAAGGAGGAUGUUGAUGAUGACAAAAGUCACGUUGGCGAUUCGAAUGACCCCGGCGAUGAACCCUGCACUAAGAUGACCAUGAGACUCCGACGCAACCUCAAUAACUCACAGUUUAUGGACUCGUUUGUGUGUCGGAUGUGCGGACGCGGGGACGAGGACGAGAAGUUGCUGCUCUGUGAUGGGUGCGAUGAUAAUUAUCACACGUUCUGCCUGAUACCUCCUCUCACAGACCCACCCAAGGGCAACUGGCGCUGUCCCAAAUGUAUAGCAGAGGAGUGUAAAAAGCCAUCAGAAGCAUUUGGUUUCGAGCAGGCCACGCGAGAGUACACGUUACAGAGCUUCGGCGAGAUGGCCGACACUUUUAAAGCCGACUACUUCAACAUGCCCGUUCAUAUGGUGCCCACUGAGCUGGUCGAAAAGGAGUUUUGGAGGUUGGUUAGCAGUAUUGAAGAGGACGUUACUGUAGAAUAUGGUGCAGAUAUUCACUCAAAGGAAUUUGGUAGUGGUUUUCCCGUUAACAACGGCAAGAGACACUUAACAGAUGAGGAAGAGGAAUAUGCCCGCAGCGGCUGGAAUCUGAACGUUAUGCCAGUGUUGGAGCAGUCAGUAUUGUGCCACAUUAAUGCAGAUAUCUCAGGCAUGAAGGUGCCAUGGCUGUAUGUGGGCAUGGUUUUCUCCGCUUUCUGUUGGCACAUAGAGGACCACUGGAGCUACUCUAUCAACUAUUUGCACUGGGGUGAGCCCAAAACAUGGUAUGGUGUGCCAUCAUCAUCUGCUGAGAAGUUAGAGGAGGUGAUGAAGAAACUCACACCUGAGCUCUUCGAGUGUCAGCCAGACCUGCUCCACCAGCUGGUCACCAUCAUGAACCCGAAUAUACUCAUGAGUCACGGAGUGCCGGUGGUUCGGACCAAUCAGUGUGCUGGGGAGUUCGUCAUCACUUUUCCGCGAGCUUAUCACAGUGGUUUUAAUCAGGGAUAUAACUUUGCUGAAGCAGUCAACUUCUGCACUGCAGACUGGCUGCCCACAGGGCGCUCCUGCAUCGAGCAUUACCGGUGGCUGAGGCGCUACUGUGUGUUCUCUCAUGAGGAACUCACCUGCAAGAUGGCGGCGUGCCCAGAGAAGCUGGAUCUGAACCUGGCUGCCGCCACACACAGGGAAAUGUUCAUCAUUGUUCAAGAGGAAAGAAAACUACGCAAAAGCCUGCUGGAAAGGGGCAUUAAGGAAGCUGAAAGGGAGGCCUUCGAGUUACUGCCUGAUGAUGAAAGGCAGUGUGACAAAUGUAAAACCACCUGCUUCCUCUCAGCCCUGGCGUGUUCGAACUGCCCGGAGCGUCUUGUCUGCCUCUACCAUGCACAGGACCUCUGCUCUUGCCCCAGUGAAAAACUCUACCUCAGGUAUCGCUAUACUCUGGACGAACUCUUGGCCAUGUUGCAUCGGCUGAAAGUUCGGGCUGAGUCUUUUGACUCAUGGGCCAACCGAGUGAAGGAAGCUCUAGAACAGGAAGAAGGCAACAAAAUAGACAUUAAAGAACUGGAGGUUUUGAAAGAAGAGGCAGCUGACAAGAAGUUCCCCAAUAAUGAGCUGCUCCAGCGCCUCAACACCGUCCUCACAGACAUAAGCAAGUGUGAGAGCAGAAGCACAGAGCUCCUCAGCAACAGCCAGAGCAGUAAAAUGAGUCUGGAGGAGCUGAGGACGUUGGUGGACACCAUGCAGAACCUGCCCUGUGUUAUGAAACCGCAGGAGGAAGUGCAGGCGCUAUUGCAGAAGAUAGAGGAGUUUGAAUCCCGUGCUCAAGCUCUGGUUAACAGUGCUGAGGGCGAGUGGAAGCAGGACUCUCCUCUGCCCCCGGCCGCCGAGAUCCAGGCCUUGCUGGAGGAGGGAGCGUCGUUGCCCGUUGUUGCCCCGGCAUGUGAGCUCUUGAGCGGGCUUCAGGAGCAGGGUCGCUGGCUGGGAGAGGUCAGGCGAACAUUAGGGCCAGAGGGGAGCGAGGUGACUCUAGCUGUGCUGAGGAACUUGAUGGAGGCGGGUUGUAACGUACCACAGAGCAUAUCGGUGGAGACUGCCAUGGCUGAACUGCAAGAGCUACUGACUAUAGCCGAGCGCUGGGAGGAGAAGGCACAGAUCUGUCUGGAGGACAGGCAGAAACACCAUCUGUCGACGCUGGAGGCCAUCGUGAACGAGGCUCAGCUAAUACCAGUGCAGCUGCCCAACAUCCUGUCCCUGCAGGCCUGCUUAAGCCGAGCUCGCGCUUGGGUCACGGAUCUAGAGGAAAUUCAGAACGGAGAGCACUACCCGUGUCUGGAUGACCUGGAGGGUUUGGUGGCCAUUGGGCGGGACCUGCCAGUGAAGAUGGAGGAGCUGAAGCAGCUGGAGCUGCAGGUGGCCAGCGCUCACUCGUGGAGAGAGAAAGCCAGCAAAACCUUCCUGAAGAAGAACAGCCAGCACAGUCUGCUAGAGGUGUUGUGUCCAUGUGUUGAGAAGAGCAAGAAGAGGGAGGAGAACUCAUUGGGUACAGAAGCAGAUUCUGAUGUCAAUGUAUUAGGCCUCACUGCUCAGGACCUUCGAGACCCAGGAGCUAUUGUGAUGGCAUUCAAAGAGGGGGAGCGUUUGGAGAAAGAGGCCAUUCUUCGACUUCAGCAGGUUAAUUUAACUAAACCCGGAGUGGAAAAAGGAGCAAGCGGUGACCAGAACGGCAUCAAUUUGGAAACGAAACAGAGUGACUCUAUGGAGACAGAUACGCCCCUCGACUCAGACAGUCCUGUACUGCUGAAUGGUGGCUCCGCCCCUUCCCUCAACCCUAGCCAAUCAGUAUGUGUGUGCAAUGGUCCGCCCCACCCCUUGCUUCACCGGUGCCAUCUGUGCAAAGACUGGUUCCACGGAGGUUGUGUGCCCUUUCCACCCCUGCUGGGCUCCUCCGACACGCAUCCUAUAAAGCCCCUUUGCUGGUGGGACUGGAACACACGUUUCCUCUGUCCGCGGUGCCAACGAUCACGGCGGCCUCGGCUAGAAACCAUUCUAGCCCUGCUGGUGGCGCUGCAGAGGUUACCUGUACGCCUGCCAGAGGGAGAGGCGUUGCAGUGUCUUACAGAGAGAGCCAUUAACUGGCAGGGUCGAGCCAAACAGGCACUAGACACUCCAGAAGUACAGAGGGCGCUAGAGAGUAUGCAGGAAGUGAAGGAGGAAAUGGUCAGUGUAAAAGAGGAAGAACCAGUGGAGAAAAAGAAAUGGAACGGAGAUGCUGUAAUUGUGCUGUCUGACUCUGAGGAAACAGAAGAUAUUAUCGAUCUGACGGAGGAUGUUAACUCUCCAAAAAAGAGUGAAGAGAAGGCUGCCAAUGGCACAUCGUCUGGCUGUGAGAAUGGAAUUACCAGGAAGUCAAGCACUCAUGAUGUUACAGGGGUGGAGUCUCUGUCGUCACUAGUGUCGUGUCUUAAAGGGCCGGUGAUCGAGCUGAGCACAUCCACUAGAGAACAGCUGGAGGAGCUUCAGCUAGAAGGGGACCUGCUUGAGGUCACGCUUGACCAGACACACACCAUUUAUAGGAUCCUACAGGCGGCGUCACAGCCGCCCCAUGAUGCUCUGCACACACUCAUACAGAUUGAGCUGCAGGAGCAGAGAAGCUCAGGUCGUGGCAACAAGUCAAAGGACACCAAGAGGAAGAGAAAGAGCCAGAAAACUGAAGGCGGGACUAAAUCCACAGAGGCUUCUGAAUGCAAGAAGACAAGACCUGUCAGUCACACACCACCCACAGAGAUCUGGUGAUGUUUUCCUGAAGCUGUGUAGGGGCAGAUGGCGAUUGAGAGGAGAACCACAGAGACAGAAAAACACAGGGCUCAGGCUCAUUUCCUCACAUAAUAAGCUCACAUUAAUUCUUCUUUUCGACCCAUCAAAUGGACGCUCCCCAUGAUACUAACCGCUGCACUUUUUCCUGUUUUUCUUCCCGUUGGCCUCUGUUCACACACCUCAUCCUGAACAUUUCACUGACGUGGGCUGCAGGUCUCUGUUCUCUUUGAGGAAGGAGAAAAUGGGUUUUGCCCUGCAGUUAAGCUGUCUUUACAAUAUUGAUGUACCAAACUGUUCUUAACGCAAAUGCCAUGUGCUGCAUAAUACGACUUGUCCAGGUAUUCACACACACACACACACAAACACACACACACUUGAUGGCCAGGCAGAGGAGGGGCGUGUAUCAGAGCACUGGUAUCGCUGCCAUGACACCUGUAUUCUUUUUGUACCGAGUCUCACAUUUUGUCAGGGAGACUCGACAUUGUGAAUAAAACUAGUACAAUAUUUUGAAAGUGUGAUGGAAAAAACAAAGGCAUUUACGUUCUGGUGCUACUUUUCCUAAGAUAGGUUACUGCGUAGUCCUUUCUUUCUUUUCCUCUGAGUUUUACGGUCUUCAUUGUCAUUUCCUUUCAGUGAUACUGUUGUCUCUUAAGCUUCCUGCUCUCUUUCUCUCCACAGAACUGUACAAAAUCUCACUUUAACUCCCUUUUUUUCCAUCUAUUGUUGCUGGGGUUCUAAUAAUUCUUAUUAUAUUAUUAUUAUUAUUGGUAUUGCAGACACGCAUUGUCGUGAGUUUGUGUAUAAACAUUUUCAUUUAAAUGUUGCCUUUGUUUCUUUUCACUCUUGUUAGAAAAUAAAAGUUUAGAAUUGUU